UUGGCUCGAGGGCGUGAACGGUGGGCGCCAAGUUGCGGCCAGGGGUCGUUGCAUAGGCUUAUUCUUUGACGAGCACCCUCCAGCCAGAGCCAUGUCGGACGAGUCUGAGAACGAAGAGAUCAGCGAUCUGUCCAACCCUGACGUGACCACCAAAUAUCGUGCUGCCGGAGACAUCGUAAACAAGGCACUGCAAAAAGUCGUCGAAGCUUGUGUGCCCGAUGCCGACAUUGUGAUGCUGUGCGAGAUGGGGGACAAGAUCAUGGAAGAAGAGACUGGAAAGCUUUACAACAAAAAAGACAAAGAAGGAAAGAAGAUGGAGAAGGGCGUGGCCUUCCCCACCUGCGUUUCUGUGAACGAGAUUGUUGGCCACUUCUCUCCUCUCCCUGGCGAGUCCAGGCCGCUGAAAGCGGGCGACAUUGCCAAAAUAGACUUGGCUUGCCACAUUGACGGCUUCAUUGCAUCAGCAGCUCACACUAUCAUCGUGGGUGGCGAGAAAGUAACUGAUAGAAAAGCAGACGUCGUCAUGGCUGCUUGGAAUGCAGCAGAGGCGGCUCUACGGUUGGUUCAAGUUGGCCAUAAGAACUCCCAGGUUACUGAAGCUUUUGCAAAGAUCGCAGAAGACUUCAAGGUAAAGCCGAUGCAAGGUGUUCUUUCCCACCAGCUGAAGAAGCACGUCAUUGAUGGUAACCGCACCAUCAUUUGUGCUGAGACGCCUGAAGAGAAGGUGGAAGAGUUUGAGUUCGAGCUGAACGAAGUCUACAGCAUCGAUAUUGUAAUGUCGACUGGCGAAGGCCGGGGCAAAGAGACGGAGAUCAGAAAUACUAUUUACAAAAGAGCAGUGGAGAACAUGUACAGCCUGAAAACUCAAAAAGCAAGACAGUUCAUCUCUGAGGUGCAGAAGCGGUUCCCCGUGUUGCCAUUCACUCUGCGUGCCAUUGAAGACGAGCAGGUGGCCAGAGUUGGUGUCUCGGAGGCCAGACGCCAUGAGCUCUUAGAUGAGUAUCCGGUCUUGAAGGAGGCAAACAACGAGUUUGUAGCCCAAUUCAAGUUCACACUGCUGCUUCUUCCUGGUGGCACCAAGAAGAUCACGGGCUUGCCUUUGGGAUCCUUGCAGGAGCAGGCCGCCUCGAGCUUGUCAGUCGUCGACGAAGAAAUGAAGAAGCUACUCGCGACAUCAGCAAACCCGAAGAAGGCCAAGAAGAAGAAGGACAAAGGCUAUCCGGGCGAAGGGGAAGGAGCAGCUGCUGAGUAGGCCACCACACAGAUUCUGAAUACCAAUGAGCACUUAUCUCAC